AUGAAUAUUCUAAACGGACACGCACUUGUCACCGGAGCCGGUUCGGGGAUCGGUCGACAGCUGUCGCUUGCGUACGUGCGAGCGGGUGUCCGAGGUAUCACGUUAGCAGAUGUCAAUAAAGAUGGCGUCGCGGAGACUGGAAAGCUAAUUCAGGCCGAAUUUCCAAAUGCCAAGGUUUUACCCCUCGUUGUCGACGUGACGGAUGAGAAAUCUGUCAACGACAUGGUCGACCAAGCUUUGCAAACCUUUGGGACACUGGAAUAUGCCGCGAAUGCUGCGGGAGUCGUUGUAAAGAUCCGCGAAAAGUCGGCUCAUGUCCCGACCGACGAGUUCGACCGCGUCAUGAACAUCAACGCCCGAGCGGUUGCCCUUUGUAUGCAGGCUGAAGCGCGCGUCAUGGUAAAGCAGCCACGCAAGCUCACCAGCACAUACUGGCAGGACCAGGGCAGGGCCCAAGUUGGCAGCAUUGUCAACUUUGCUAGUGUUUGCGGUUUCCAGGCAAUGAUGAAUGUUAUGCCGUAUGUGGCAUCUAAGCACGCCGUGUUGGGCAUGACAAGGAGUGCAGCGCUGGAGCAUGGUCCAGAGGGGCUACGCGUCAACGCCGUAUGUCCCGGCAUUGCCGAUACGCCCUUCAUCGCAGACCUGAAGAAGCUGAAAGGGGGCAACGAGCAGGAUCCUGUCUUUGCUAACCCACUCGGGAGACUUUGCAAGCCAGACGAAAUUGCCGACAGUGUGAUCUUCCUUAGUAGCACCAUGUCCAGCUAUGUAAACGGUGUGGCAUUGGUCGCAGAUGGUGGCAAGUCUGUACUCUAUUGA